AUGGCAAAAGCUCGUCGCCAGAAAGGUCCAAAUAAACCGCACACACCCAUCCAGCAAACGAACUCCCCUGUGACACGACUACCACUCGAAGUUCUCUCACUCAUCUUCCUCUACCACCGCCAUCCAGAGUCUCCAGGCAAAGAUUAUACCUGGCUCCAGAUCCUGCACGUCUGCCGACAAUGGCGCAUGGCUGCCAUUGGCUGCGCACAUAUGUGGACGAACAUCACGACAAAGAAGCGACUUCUUAGGUUCUUCAUGUUAAAACAAUCGAAGGGAUUGCCGAUCGUGUUGAAGGGCAUCAAGUUUGUGAAAAACGAGUCUCCAGAGGCGAAGAACAUCUUGGAGAGAAAUCUUCAUCGCAUUCAGAGCCUUGGUAUCGUGUUUGACCAAUGCUCCGAAAAGGAAGUCACGAGAUGUCUCGAGAAAGUCCUCGGACCCGAUGCUGGUCCCGUCCUAAGGUCUCUCGAAGUCGCCACUGGCAUGGGCUACAGCAUCACCGUGCAAGUCCCCGAUGUCACUCUGUCUCUGUCCUCUUUGUCUGUCGAUUACCUUUGUCUGGAGUUUCCAGAAGGUCGCAUCCAGAAGAAUUUGACAUCAUUUCGCGUUUCGCUUCCUUGGUUGGCCAACAACCACAUCCAGAGGCGUGCUUAUCUGCGCAAAACGUUGCCCAAGAUGCCGAACCUCACAUAUCUCCACAUCGCGGAUGAUGCCUGGGUAUCUAGCUAUUGGCCUGACCCUGUCGAGCAGACCAUAGAACUCCCCCAGUUGGAAAAGCUGCGCUGUUCUGGAACCGUGUUCGACUGCGUACUUGCACUAGAACUCCUCCACCUUCCACCAACUGCGCGAGUGGACCUACGUAUCCGAGACCGCAGAGACGCCGUCGCAGACCGUUUGUACACCGCUUUAUCUCAUUUCUUCGGUCGUCGCGAAUCUGUCCGCUCAGAGACAGUGGCGACUAGCUAUGAUGUCCACUAUGCAACGAAGUUCAUCAGCGAUCACGAAUGGGAUGUUGCGCACCGUGUUCUCUUCUUCGAUUCUGGUCCCAACUCCCAUUCUAACCCACAUCCUCGUUCACCUAUGCCAUCUACUUCGGAAUACCCUCACCCUCAGCAUCUCCCGAUCCUUCUACUUCAAUAUCGUCAUCACCGCGUUGCCGCCCGGGACAGCCGCUCAUGUUAUGCCGAGCCCGACUAUCUUUCCCAAAUCCUCAGCAUCCUUAACGUCCCACUGCGCUCAGUCAUUUCACUCCGCUUACAAUCGAACCUUCCGUACAACGUCGACACCGCGAACAAUUUCGACUCGACCGGCGCCCUCCUUUCGAAGCUUCACUUCCUCACUAAUCCCGGCGUCAAAUCGCUGUACAUAGGCGAUCUAGGCACUGCGGAAUGUUUCCUCCCCUUCCUCAGUCUUCCGAAUAAGUCGGCCUCCAGUUCGGACGCUACGAGUAGAUCCACUUCGACGACGACUAGUUGCUCCCCGUCCAAAGAAUUCAUGGUAUUCCCGAACCUUGAGACCCUGGUCUUCGGUGAUCUGAGCCCAUCUGCAUUAAGGUAUAGCCAAUGUGUUACGGACAAGGAAGCUGCUGAUCAGAGGAUAAGAGGAGUGAUGCAGAAGUUGGAGUCUGCGAUGGAAGACAGGGCACGGGGAGGACGGAGAUUGAAGAAACUGGGCAUACGGGCGGAUAUGUACGAAACCUGCAUGGAACUGGUCAAUAGGGCGAGGGAUAUGGGCUGGGUGGAGGAUAUCCUAUAUCCUGGUGCAGACUUGAAGAACGGUGAGCUCGGUAUGAAUCUGCUGGACGGGAUAGGUAGCGAUGAUGAGGAUAAUUGA